AUGGAAUUUGAACCAAUCAGCGUUUGCCACCUCAAAUGCAUAGUUCUAAAUUUUGGUGCUAUAUUCUCGAUUUUUACAACCCGAAUUUAUCUCGAUGUAAAAAGUAAUGCAUCUUUUCGAAACGGUGGGAGUAGUGAAGAGGGGUGUAAAAUAUUAAAGUUGUAAAAAUUCGUUUUUUUA